AAACGAGAGUGAAAGAAGAGUGAAGUAUUUACGCAGCUUGUUCUCCUGGAGACUCAACCCUGAACCACCGCGAACGUCCUGCACAGCGGCGUCGGCAGAAUCAACGAAAAUAAAUUAAUUUAACUCUGCCAAGGGUUUGAUUUACUCUUUUUUCUUUUUUGAAAUAAGAGUCGUGAAGUUGGAGAAGAAGAAGAAGAAGAAUAAGAAGAUCUUUAGACAGCGGCUGUGGGGAUUUGCUCCCAUUCAGCACCGACAACGUUGGCGUCGAUGCUGUCGCCAUCCCAGCAAAUUCCAAAGGCGCUGAAUGGGGCUGAGGUCAGGGCUUUGUCUCCACCAAAUUUCAUGCUGAAAUAGGAAAAGGUGUUUAACAUCUACAUUUUCCCACUUUUUCUUCAUCCUUCUUCCUCCCCACCCUUUUGGCCCCGCCUCUCCUGACAUGUCCUCUCGGGCCACGCCCAUCCAGGGGUCUCGACCCGUGACCCCUCCCCUCCCAUCCGCGGGAUCCCCCCAUUCUCCAGAGUCCCUGAAGCUUCCAUCCUGCAGACACAGAGACCGCUCGCCCUCCCCCAUGAGAGGCUACCUCGUCCCCAGCCCUCUGCCCACGCGAAGAAACAGGACCUGCUCAGCGACGGCCCGUGCAGCCGAGGGUCCCGUGUUCACUGGUGUGUGUAAAUACUUCUCCCGCUCCAAAGGCCACGGCUUCAUCACGCCAUCGGACGGGGGCAACGACAUCUUCGUCCACAUCUCGGACAUCGAGGGGGAGUACGUGCCGGUGGAAGGCGACGAGAUGAGCUACAAGGUUUGCUCCAUCCCUCCCAAACACGAGAAGAUCCAGGCGGUGGAGGUCACCAUAACCCACCUGAACCCGGGAACCAAGCACGAGACCUGGGCGGGACACGUCGUCAGCAGCUGAAGGGAAGGAGGAAGGGAGGGAAGGAAUGAAGGAAUGAAGGAAGGAAGGGAUGGGUGGAAGAGGACGAAGAGGACGAUGAGAUAAAACUCGAGUUGUUGAUGUUUGAGACUCUGGGACACGUCAGAGGUCGUGAGACGCCGUGAGAUCUUUUCUCGGGAAACCACACAGUUGAGUUUGAGGUUAAUUAAUCAUAGAAAGACUUAACAUUAGUUUUAUUUAGAGCUCACAUGUUGCAGUUUUACUAGUACAGUGUUUAAAAAGGGAUUUCAUGGGAUUGGGGGGAGGAGAGAAAGAUUUUUUUUGAAUUAUGAAAGACAACUUUGAGUCCCAAACCGUGGCUCAUGUUUCCAGGUGUACUACGUGUGCCUACUUCUAUCCAGAGAACUUAACUGCUCUUCUCGUGCCUACUUACAUCAGAAUAUAACGUGUUUGGUCAUGUUUGCGUGGCUAUACAAGUGAAUUAAAGCAUUUUCAACUGUUA